AUGAAACAUAAGUACCAUGUGCUGAUUUAUAGAAAGAAGAAAACGCAUUUUAGGUUAGAUGUGCUGCUGUUCUUCUUCUACGCCGUUUUUCUCCACUUGAUUUUAAAUAAUGAGAAAUUUCAAGCGACGCCGGGUGAUUAUGAGUAUUUAGCGAAAUUGCAAAAUGAGGUGGAAGAGGAAGUUAUGUUUGGCCUGCAAGGCGACCAUCCCAAUGGCGAGUUCAAAGUGGGGACGAGUGGAAGGAAAGACAGUAGCGAGUUCAUAAAUUGGAAGGGAAGUGCAAAUGGGGAACAAAAAGACUCCAACAAAAAGGAAAAGGAAAACACAUUCAAGCCGAUCAUAAUAGGAAAGUACAAUCUGAUCUACGUGUUCUACAGCAUCGAAUUUGUUGGUUUACUUUUAUUUAUUCUUUUCCACCUGCUAACGUUUCUGUUAUCGCAGUGGAACUUGAGCGUUAACUUAGUGGUUUCCUUUAGUCGGCUAAACAGCAGUGACAAGGACAAGUACUUAUAUAACGUACAAAACAAAUGCACGCAUGUGUAUAUUAAGCCACUCGUUAAGAGAAAUGACAAGUCAGCAGUAAACAGCAAAGAGAGGUUUAACACGGAUUACAACUUGUACAAGCCUAAAUCAGAGUUAGUUCCACUGAAAAGGGGAAAAAAUUAUACAUUUUUUUUUUACAAACAGAAAAAAUAUAUUUUCAAUUAUGAAACAUUGGAUUUCGAAUCAGUAAAACAUUUUGAUAAUUUUAAUUUGUCCUUUUAUCAAAAGUGGAAAGGACUCAUCGAAUAUCAAAUGGGAGAUCUCUACCAUGAUGAAAACACCAGAAUAACAUUGCGAGGGAUAGAAGAAAAUGUAAAAAACAUACAGAAGAGGAGAGGCAAUGUGAGUAUCCUGUUUUGCCAAUUGGAUGGUUUAUAUCUAGAUAAAGGUGGACUAAGCGGAAUGGCCCAAUUAGCACGCCGGAACAAAGGGGAGAAUAACAUAUAUGGGGAAGAGAUAGAAGAUGUUUAUCAGUAUAAUAGGAAAGGAAGGGGAUGCGCAGAAGGGACAAAGGUACUACACUCUAUUGAAGGGAGUACCACGAUACAAAGUUCGAUUGAGGGGGACGAACUAAAAGUCAAAAACAGGGUGCAUCCCACUCAGGGGAAAAGCAAACAAUAUGGAAAUCAAAGAGACUCUUUUCUUUCGUAUUAUAAAAAGAGCAAUUUUGAAAUUCCCUACGACAUUUUUGUACAUAACAAUUUGGACAAAUAUGGAGAAAAUAUAUACGACAUUCCAUCCCCCUGUUUUAAGAAGCUACUUUAUGAGGCCAUGCUAUCCCCAUUUUUUAUUUUUCAAUUCUUUAGCAUCCUGUUGUGGAUGCUAGACAGCUAUUGGUACUUUGGCAUUUUCUCCAUUUUCAUAUUAGUGAUGCUGGAAGGUCAACUGAUUAAUAAACGAAUAAGAGAGUUCAAUUUGAUAAACAGUAUGAAGGUUCCUGCUCAAAAUAUAUAUGUGUAUCGAAAUUUGCAGUGGAAAAUUAUCAAAUCGAGCAUGUUACUUCCUGGGGACAUAUACAUUUUAUCGAAUGAGUCUAGUGGUGGUGAUAAUGUGUGUACGUGUGAAACGUUGUUGUUGGAGGGAGUUUGCAUUACGGAUGAAUCGAUCCUGACUGGGGAGUCUAUACCCUUGAUUAAGGCAGCUAUUGAUAAGACGGAAGAGGAGGAAUACGUUGAGCAGGAUGCCAGUGAUAAUGAUACCUGUGCAGAUUGGGGAGGAGAAGGAGACGCCAUGAGCGGGGUAUCACCUAUGGAAGGAAUCAAAGGAAGAUCCAUUUUUACAAACAAAAUUGAUAUAAAGAAUAAACACAAAAAACAUGUGGUGUAUGCCGGCUCGAAGAUUUUACUAACAAAAAAUGAAAAUGAUGAAUUUAAUAAUAUGAAGCUACCCAUUAAUGGGUGCGUAGGUAUUGUACUGAAAAAUGGAUUCACCACCUAUCAAGGAAAGUUAGUGAGGACGAUCAUUAACACAUCAGAGAAGGUGAACUCGUCAAGCAUGGAUUCGAUUAUCUUCCUUUUCAUCCUUCUGUUGUUUUCAUUAUCGUCAUGCGCGUACGUAGUUUACGCUGUAUUGCAAUCAACUCAAGAAAGAAAUUUGUACAAACUGCUUCUAUCCGUUUCGCAUAUAAUUACUGCAGUCAUCCCACCAGAGUUUCCAAUAACCCUGUCGUUGGGAGUCACCAUUUCGAUAGUCUAUCUGUACAACUUAAAGAUCUACUGUACGGAACCUUUUAGGUUGCCAUUUUCUGGAAAAUCGAAUAUAUGUGCUUUUGACAAGACGGGAACCCUAACCGAGGACAAUAUGAUAGUGUUGGGACUCUUCGGGUUUGACCAGAACACAGACAGGAUAAACGAAAUUAACGAAUCCAUUAUUAGCAAGCAGAGGUUGCCUUUCCUUUCCGUGGCAGUUAUCGCGGGAUGUCAUUCGAUAUGCACCGUUAACAAUAAGCUGCUAGGGGACCCGCUGGAAAAGAAUUCCUUCGAAAGGUUGAAGUGCAUGAUGAGGAGUCUAGACAAAACGUACGUUUAUACGAAUAAUUAUCAGAAUGCUGCAGGUGCGACAACAACUACGACUGCACAGAGCAGCGGAGAAAAAGGGGGUUUAUCCAUGGGUAUGUUUUUGAAGAAGUCAUCCAACACGUCGGUUAACGAAAAGAAAAGCCCAUGUGUGGAAAACUUCCAAAUUUAUAAGAGGUUCUUCUUCUCCUCCGAGUUACAAAGAAUGACUUGCAUCAUUUUGCACGAAGGGUAUGAGGGCGACUGGUAUGGGGAAGAGUUCGAAGAGGUCACGGACCCUGCUACAUGUAUGAGCAGCUCUAACGGGGAUAUAAGUGCGUGUACUGAAAAUUUGACAACGCUAGAAGGUUUAAAGAAGAAGAAGAAAAAAAAUGACAGUAGCAAAAAUGAACCGGUUAAACAGUACCUUGCGGUUAGUAAGGGAUCCCCAGAAAUGAUGAAAAAAUUUUUAAAAAAAAUUCCCCCAAAUUAUGACCAAGUGUUGAACAGCUUAUCCAUUAAGGGUUACCGUGUGAUAUGUCUAGCUGCGAAUGUGUUGGACAACAAGGUAGUUUCCAAAAAUGUUAAAAGGGAAGACGUAGAGAAGGACUUACAUUUCUGUGGCUUCCUCACUUUCAUAUGCCCAAUCAAAGCGUCCACCCCGCGUUACAUCCUUGAUAUUAAGCAGGCGGGAAUUAAAAAUGUGAUGAUAACAGGAGAUAAUGCGUUGACUGCGUGUCAAGUUUCGCAGGAUGUUAACAUUGUCCCGUCAAUAAAGAUUAAGGACAUACUAAUUUUAAAGCUUAGGGAAGAUUACGCCGUACACGGGAAGAGGGCACUCGUAGGUGGGAAGGGUCCAUGGACCAGUUUGACAAACGAGGGAGAUAUAUUUAGCAUUUACGAGCGCGAAAGCGCAAUCGAUCUGAUACGAAACCUCCCCCUGCAAAACAAAUCCCAACAGAACGCAGCUGAGAAAUUAAUCAAAAUGAUGAAGGAGGGAAGGAACGUGAGCAACGUGGUGUACUUUAUCAAUAGGAAAAAUAAAAAAAUGCUUCCAUUUAUAGAAUGUGAGGAGUACAUAAAAUUGUGUGAAGAACUUUUUACCCUCUGCAUUACAGGAGAUAUAAUCGAACAUUUUUUGAGCAGGUAUCAGAACGACUUGGCUUUAUUUGACGAGCUGAUAAAAAGAGGGUUGAUAUUUUGUAGAGUGUCUCCAAAGAAUAAAGAAAUAAUUAUAAAAACAUUGAACAAGUUAGGGAACAUAACCAUUAUGUGUGGUGACGGGACGAAUGACAUGGCGGCGCUGAAGGCUGCACACGUUGGAGUAUCCUUACUGAGCAUAAAAAUAAGUUACAAAAGUGGUAGAGCACAUGGUGGCCAUGCGAAUAUGGAUAGACACUUGAAUGCAGGACGCAUGAAUGCGCUCGUGGAUGGUCCCCAUGUGGGCGGCUACCCUUGCGAUUUCAGCGGAGGGGCGAGCAGGAACUACGAGCAGCGUUUGAGAGCUGCGUAUGACAAGUUAAAUGCGCAGUACAACGCGGCGUCUGCAAGUGGAGGAAGUAACAUGGCAAAUGCUAAGUAUUACGAACAAAUGAAAUUGUACAAUGAGAGGAAAAGGCAAUUGGAGAAUAUGAUGCAAUCAAUGGACGACUCCUUACCUCUAAUUAAGUUGGGAGAAGCAAGCAUAGCAUCUCCAUUUACAUACAAAGGAAACGACAUAAAAUGCGUGAAGGAAAUUAUUUGCUGCGGAAGAUGUGCCUUAUCAAAGGUCAUAAUGAUGUACAAGCUGAUGAUUAUAAAUUCUCUCAUAACGGCUUUUUCUGUUUCCAUUUUGACCCUAGACGGGGUAAAAUUAAGUGACGCACAGACGACAGUUAUUUCGCUACUAUACACAUCUCUCAUCGUUUUAAUUUCCAAAACAGCUCCUUUAAAAAACAUAUCGAAUUAUUCACCCCCAAAUUCGUUAUUCAACAUUAGCGUUAUGUGUUCUUUGAUCUCACAAGUAUUUAUCCACUUUUCUAUCCUAAUUUAUGGAUGGAAGUUGGCCUGUUCGUACAGACAACCUAAUUACGUUCCAGACUUGAAAGGAGAUUUCUCCCCGAAUUUGGUGAACACCUGUAUAUAUUACCUCAUUUAUUGCAUCAAUUUAUCCAUUUUUUCAUGUAAUUAUGAAGGGUUACCCUUCAUGACCCCUAUUCACAAGAAUAAAGAGAUCGUGUACAUUUUUGCUAUGAAUUUUAUUUUCCUGUUUGCUCUAGUUAUGAAUAUAAUUCCUUACUUGAAUUACUUCUUUUCCCUUGUCUCCUUUCCAAAUGUGCACCUGCAGUUUCUGUUUUUGUUUUUAAUGAUUUUGGAUAUUGUCGCACCGUACCUCAUUUGCAGCUUCAUCAGGCGCGCGAGACUCUACGCGUUCGAGCGUUUCAGAGUCAAUUUGUGA